CAAUCUCUCGCCUGCUACUCUACACAGCUGCGAUUGAGAUUACAAAUUAACCGUCGCCAUCUUCAGCAUGGAUACUGCCGAGAAACACAACUGGGUUGCCGGGGGUUCAUAUUCCAAUAUCCACCGCGUCACUCCGAGUAUUGUGGUGAAGAUUGUUCGUCCUAAGUUGAAAGAGGAGGGACUGGAGCAUCCGUUCUUCAGGGAAAUCUCUUUUUUCAAACGCAUGAACGACCGCCAGGAUCGAUGUUUCCAUAUAGUUGAAUGUUUCCUCACAUUCCCUGACCAUAUUUUUCUAUCCUAUUGCCCGAACCAGACUGUCGGCCAUCGAUUACGUCCCCGCCAGGAGCGAGAGCCAGGGGUAAAUGGCUUCCAAGGGCGUGUUAGUCGUGUGAAAGAAUACGAGGAUCCCGCUCUUGUCGCUCGAUGGCUGCAACAACUAGGGUCAGCCCUUGAAUACGUCGAGAAAAUCGGCUUUUGUCAUAAUGACCUGCAUGAGUUCAACUGUCUUCUUGACAAGGACUUCAAUUUGAAGCUGACAGAUUUUGGUCGUGCCACCACCAUUGGACAGUUCCUUGAAGAUACUAUGCCUCCACGCGCCAGAAUAAUUGUCGCUGGUCCUUUGAAAGACACCUAUGGUCUCUGCUCUGCUAGGACUGAGCAAUUCGCGCUGGGAUCUCUUCUAUACUUUAUGGUAUACGGCCAUGAACCCUACGAGGAUACGGACCGAGAACUCAGUCGAUCAGAAUAUGAUCGCCGAUUCGGCGAGAUGGAGUUUCCAGAGCUAAACCGCCACGAGGUUUUUGACGAACUUAUUUCUGCUUGUUGGCACGAUGUCUAUCCUACUAUGGCUCUAGCAGCCUAUGACUUCAAGCGCAAAACAAAAGACAUCGCAGGCUCGAUUCCACAAUACGAGACCGUUGAUCGCGCGAAGGAGAUAAAGAGUUGUGAAGCCCUGAUUCGAAAAGGGAUACUUGGGCCUGAAUUGGCACUUCGCUACCAACCAUUCUGGUGGAAAUAUCUCCAUGCAGCGAAAAGCAUGUUCUUUUGGAAGGCCUUGGCUGGUCUACCAAGGAGAAUCUGGCUGUGGCUCUGGUUUUGAUUGUCAAGAAAAAGAAAUUCACUUCCUGCAGGAACUAUAUUUAUCAUUUCUCUCUCUUGGCCAUCUUGUGGAGUAUACUAGCAUUGUAAAGAGAUUGCGCCAUGUACUUAUAUUGCGACGAUGAUCAAUCAACACUACAAACCAGGAUCUGUCUUGUUUCAUUGCAAGGACAGGAUUGCAUCGUGGUUGUAGUAUGCUAAAAAUACAGUCAGAAAAAGAGCAGUUAGAAAGAGGCGUUUAAAGGACUCUGAUUUAUGAUUGGCCUGCCAAUAGUGAGAUACCGUUGGAAAUUUCAGGUCAAUCUCUAUUCAAUUUUAUAUGGCUGGAACAUCUCCUUUUAAC